UGGGGGGCGGGGCGGCGAUGGCGGCCGAGCGGCGGGCGGGCUUUCCGUAGCCCGAACAGCCGCGCCGCAGGAUGGCUUCGCUUGGGCCGGCAGAUUCUGGCGAGCAGACCCCGGGGUCUGAUGCGGAGGCGGGCGUCGCGGGGCCGCCGCCGCCGCCGUCUCCCCUGGGGCCGCUGCUCCCCCUGCAGCGGGAGCCGCUGUACAACUGGCAGGCGACCAAGGCGUCGCUGAAGGAGCGCUUCGCCUUCCUCUUCAACUCGGAGCUGCUGAGCGAUGUGCGCUUUGUGCUGGGCAAGGGCCGCGCCGCCUCCGCCGCUGCCGGGGGCCCGCAGCGCAUCCCCGCGCACCGCUUCGUGCUGGCGGCCGGCAGCGCAGUUUUCGACGCCAUGUUCAACGGCGGCAUGGCCACCACGUCUGCCGAGAUCGAGCUGCCCGACGUGGAGCCCGCCGCCUUCCUGGCGCUGCUGAGGUUUCUGUAUUCAGAUGAGGUUCAGAUUGGCCCAGAAACAGUUAUGACCACUCUCUAUACUGCUAAGAAAUACGCAGUCCCAGCGUUGGAAGCACACUGUGUGGAAUUUCUCACCAAACACCUCAGGGCAGAUAAUGCCUUUAUGUUACUUACCCAGCCUGCAGAUAAGAUAGCUGUGGAAACAAAAUCAUGGUCUUUUCAUGUUCAGGCUCGACUGUUCGAUGAACCUCAGCUCGCUAGUCUUUGCCUGGACACGAUAGACAAAAGCACAACGGACGCGAUAAGCGCCGAGGGGUUCACCGACAUCGACAUAGACACACUCUGCGCAGUUCUAGAAAGAGACACACUUAGCAUUCGAGAGAGUCGACUUUUUGGAGCUAUUGUACGAUGGGCAGAAGCAGAAUGUCAAAGACAGCAAUUGCCUGUGACUUUCGGAAACAAACAGAAAGUGCUGGGAAAGGCACUGUCCUUGAUCCGCUUCCCACUGAUGACCAUCGAGGAGUUCGCGGCGGGCCCUGCUCAGUCUGGGAUUCUGUCAGACCGUGAGGUGGUAAAUCUCUUUCUUCAUUUCACUGUCAACCCCAAACCCCGCGUUGACUACAUCGACCGGCCGCGCUGCUGCCUCCGAGGGAAGGAAUGCUGCAUCAACAGGUUCCAGCAAGUGGAGAGCCGCUGGGGGUACAGCGGAACGAGCGACCGCAUCAGGUUCACAGUUAACAGAAGAAUCUCUAUAGUCGGAUUUGGUUUAUAUGGAUCUAUUCACGGUCCCAUGGAUUAUCAAGUCAAUAUACAGAUCAUUGAAUAUGAAAAAAAACAAACCCUGGGACAGAAUGAUACUGGCUUUAGUUGCGAUGGGAGCGCCGGCACAUUCAGGGUCAUGUUCAAGGAACCCAUAGAGAUCCUGCCCAAUGUGUGCUACACAGCGUGCGCGACCCUCAAAGGCCCAGAUUCCCACUACGGCACAAAAGGACUGAAGAAAGUAGUGCACGAGACACCUGCUGGCAAGACUGUUUUCUUCUUUUUCAGCUCCCCUGGCAACAAUAACGGCACUUCCAUAGAAGAUGGACAGAUCCCAGAAAUAAUAUUUUACACAUAAUUUAGCAUCAUAAUCCGUCUUGGCUAAAUGGUGCCAUACAGUCUGGUCGCAUAGGCAUAAAAAUACUGGCCACCAAGAAAAGGUUGAAUGUUAGGAAUAUUUAUAAUUCUAAGAAAAGAAACAUUUUAGUUUCUUAGAGGAAAUAGAUAAGUGCUUAUUUAAAUCUCUGCAUAAUUUAAAGGCAGAUUAUCCAUUUUCUUAUAACCUUAGGGGAAAGGAAAAGUGGGUUCAAUUGUUUGAAAAAAAAAAACAGCUAUUUCGGCUUUAUCUUGUAUCAUUUUGUAGAUGAGCUGACUUGCGACCUUUCAGCGGUUUUAUAAUGGGAAGGUUUUUGUGUUAUUUGGCUGGUUUGUUUUGUUUGCACUGUUUUGAAGGUUCCAUGAGAUGGACAUAUGAUGGAGGCAUACAGGGUCAGUAUUCCUAUAGAAUUCCUAUUAACGCAAAUAACUAAUUUCAGACAAUUAAGAAAACUGACCUUAAAUUUGGAGUUUGGAAAUACCUGGUUGUUAGCGUCAGGAAUAUUGCUAGAAACACGCCUAAUAGAGUGCCCAAGAAAAUUUUCAGGGCAUUUACAGAAAAGGGUAUUUUGUAAUAGUGUAGUAACGUGUUACCUAGUACAGGUUUAAAGUACAAAAGGAGUUUGUAUGAAUUGGCAAUAAUGUGAUAGGAACAAAGGAUCUGCAGGUAGAGUCUAAGACUAGAUUCUUUGUCCCCGAAGUGCACUGUCACCCCCUGUCCGUGGGGGGGCGCUGCUGCGAGUCCCUGGGGUCCAGGCAGGGUGUGGUGAUGCCAGAGGAGAUUGGGUGGACACAAGCCAGAAGCAGAGUAAAAUACAUUUACAACAACUACUUUGAAAUUUUAAAGAUAUCCAACAGAAUUGCUCCUGCCGAAGUGACACCAUACUUUGUCACCUAUACAAUUCUAUCCCUGAAGUAAAAUAUGUUUAAUAUUCAUGGCCUCACAAACGUCACAGGUACAGCUGUGUUAGGAAGGGAUAGGAAGUAUAUGUGGCAGAAUGACAUUUAUAUACUUUUUAUAAAACAAAAUUUUUAUAUAAAUAACUCUUUUUUCUUUUGAAAGCGAUAUCUUAUAAAAACAUGUAAUUAAGUUUAAGGUAUAUCAACUAGUUGUCAAAGAUGGUUAAAAAAAUCACAAUUCUUUUAAGUAUCAACUGAAAUAGAAUUUUUCUAAAUACUAGUAACUUAGGAUAUCAAAUUUUUUCAUUUACAGUAGCAUUUCAUUUUAUAUUUCAACGGAGGCAGUGUGAUAUGCUUGUGGCCGAGGUUUCUAACUGAAGAAAGGGGGCUUUUUUCUGUCCCUGGUACCAUGACCUUUUGGAUCUAACCCUCAGUUCACUGGAGUGUCUGUGGAUGUGUGGUGAGGUGAACCAGCAAACACCCUGAACUGACCGCUAUGGAAAAUGCUU